CACUCAUGCCCAAAUCAUACAGGCCACCGCCAACACAAGAGGGUAGCCGGGUAGGGCACCGGCAGGGGCCCCGCCGAAAAGCCUGCGGACGCUGCAGGGCGCUGCUGCUGCUGCUGCUCAUCAGAGGCUUGCCACACGGCCCACACACACAGGCUUCCAUGAAUUGCCCGCAGGAGCAUGGAGGAAGCCAAGGACCCCUCAUAAACGCGCGCCCGCCCCUGCCGCCGCCACUGUUGCCUCCUCGCCGGUCGGUCGCUGGCGAGCCGGCCGAGCAGUACAGCGCAAGCCACGACUGCUAGCUCAGACUCGUCAAGCUCAACUCGUCUCCACCCCAUUCCUUUUUCCCACCGUCGCCAAGCUCAACUCGUCUCCAGGCCAGAGAGCAGCGUUGCGUGCUCUGGGGCUUCCUUGCUUCCAUUCCUGCUAUAAGUACGUGCGUCCAGCCACUGGCCUUCUCCCACCACCGCCGCCGCCGCCAUAGCUUCUCCGCUACUACUAGCUCAGACCCAACUCAGCAUCAGCUUCGUUCUAGCUAGUUCUCCCUUGCUUGCGGCGGCGUGUGAGAGAGACAGAGAGUGAGAGACCAGCAGACAGGAGGCCAUGGAGUACAAGGCGAGGCGGCGGCACGUGCCGGCGUUCGGGGAGUGGAACUACUACUACUCCUCGUCCUCCCCAGAGGAGCCGCAGCUGCAGUACUCCGGCGCCGCGGCGGGCGACUCCGGCUCCUGGUGGUACGCGGCGGCGGAGCCGGAGGCCUGCAGCGACGCCUGGUUCAGGUACUCGCCGCCACCGCGCAGCAGGCCGCCGGCGCCCAAGAAGCCGCGGAGGCCAGCGGUCGCGGUCCCGGUGGACCAGAAUUUGCCGUACUGCGACGGCGGGAACGGGGGCGUGCCGAUGACGGAGGUUCGGGCGAGGGCGUCCGUCGCCGGUGCCGCCGCGGUGGCGCGCGCGGCGCCUGCAAAGGGCGGCCGCAGGGUGGUCAGGCCCGUCGACGCGGACCUCUACCGGGUGCCGCAGCCGGAGGACACCACUGUCUCCCGCCGGCCGAGACGUAAGAGGGCGUCGAGGAGCCUUUGGAUGGGUUGCUUGGGUGGCUUCAACUGCGUCGCCUGAUGAGCUGAAGAAAACACCAAUGGCGUCGCGCCGGCCGAUGCAACAAACCAAGAGCUAUGGCGCAUGGAAUCUAGUAAUAGUUGUGCUCUGUUCUUGUUUGCUUCCUCUCCACGUUGGAUGUGUGUGUGGAUUGCAGCAUCUUGUCAUGGCAUGGAGUUCUAGCCUUCUAUUAGUUCUAGGAUUAGGAAGUAGCAAGUCUCUUAGGAGUCCUAGUUAGUAGUGGUACUGUAACUUGGAUGAAAGAUGGAGCCAUCUUGCUCCUUAAUCACUCAUGGGCUAGAAACCUCCCACACAAGUUUUGCUGGUUCAA